CAAUCGCGUAAAGAAAACGCACCGCUACGUAAGCGUGGUUGCUGGGUAGAUAAGACAUAAACGGUUUUAUCAGUUUGGGGCUUGGAAAAUAGACACGGUGUCAAACGAAAAUCUUGUGUUCUUGCGCAGCUGUACUACGGAAGAGAUUCCUGUUGGAAAACAUGGCAACUGAUUGCGAGGCCUGGCUGAACGCAAACCCUGUCGAACCCGAGGACCUGAGUGAUUCCUUCGCUUCCGGUGACGAGAACGCAGGAGGAGCCGUGACCAGCUCCAGGAACAUAACCAAUGAGAUAAACGGGAACUGGCUUUCAUCCUCGAGCAACAACAUCCACGAGGCACGUCUUAAGGCCAGAGCCAAGAGGAGGCUAAGGAAGAACUCCUCCAGAGACUCUGGUCGAGGGGACUCCCUCAGCGAUAACAGUGACCCGGCCAGGGGAACAUCAGCGCCCACCAGCCCCAAGAGCAAACUGCUGGACAGAAAGUCACGGCUAGGCAAGGGCAGAGGCCUGCCUAAGAAAGGUGGGGCUGGAGGCAAAGGUGUGUGGGGCCGGUCUGGUGAAGUGUAUGAGCCAGAGGAGGUAGAUGUGAAGGAUCCAAACUAUGAUGAAGCACAGGAAAACUGCGUAUAUGAAACUGUGGUCCCCCCACUGGAUGAGGGAGACUUUGAGAAGACUGUUACCCCCAUUGUGCAGGAGUACUUUGAGCAUGGCGACACAAAUGAAGUAGCGGAGCUGCUAGGGGAUCUGAACCUGGGACCCAUGCGAAGUGGGGUCCCCACCCUGGCUAUUUCAUUGGCCCUGGAGGCUAAAGCCAGCCACAGAGAGCUCACUUCCAGGCUGCUGGCAGACCUUUGUGGGCCUGUCUUGACCCGAUGCGAUGUGGAGAGUUCCUUUGACAAACUGCUCCAAGAGCUCCCAGAUCUGGUGCUGGACACCCCUGGAGCUUCACAGCUCGUAGGUCAAUUUAUUGCUCGGGCAGUUCGAGACCGGAUCCUGUCUGAGAAAUACAUCGAGGGCUUCAAAGGCAGAGUUGACUGUGAACACACAAGGGCGGCGCUGGACAGAGCAGCGGUGCUACUGAAGAUGAGCAUGGGUGGCCUGCGUGUAGACAACUUGUGGGGGACAGGAGGGGGCCAGAGACCUGUCACACAGCUCAUUAAAGAGAUGAACCUACUGCUGAAGGAGUACCUCCUGUCUGGAGACAGCAAGGAGGCAGAGAGGUGCCUGAGAGAGCUGGAAGUUCCUCACUUCCACCAUGAGUUUGUCUAUGAGGCAAUAGUCAUGGUCCUGGAAUCCAAGGGAGAGAAAACAUUUAAAAUGGUUCUGCAGCUACUGAAAUGUGUUUGGAAGUCCUCUAUCAUCACUGUGGACCAAAUAAGAAGGGGCUAUAAGAGAGUUUACAUGGACAUCGCUGAUAUCAACAUUGACGUCCCCGGUGGAUACUUCAUCUUGGAGCAGUUUGUUGAAAAGAGUUUCAGUGCAGGAAUCAUCGAUGAAAAACUAAGGGAGCUUUGUCCUUGUAGGGGCCGAAAGAGAUUUGUGAGUGAGGGCGACGGCGGUCGCUUGAAACUUGAAAGCUACUGAUAAGCUCCCUUUGUGCCAGAUUUUCCACAAUAAAGGGGGGCGUGGGGUACUUUUGUCUCAGUGGUUGAGUAUGAAGCUUUCUUCUCUUAACGUUUGAAGAAUGUAAACUUCUGGAGAAAAAAAAAAGUAAGGGUCAAAACUGGCACUUUCUCUUGAAGAAACUUGUGAGUUUUCUUCACAAUAAGCUAGCGCGGGAAGUGCCACACCUCAGUGUCAGUCAGUCAUUCCAUGUUAGAAACAGUAUUUUCUUGAUUCCACUGCCGGGUUCUUGUUUUUCUUUACCGCCAUUUUCUUUUGUUUUUCUUGAACAGUCUUUGUAUGAAAACGACUGGUUUCUGUAAAGAGCUUUAUGGUGGAGACUAGGUGGAAGAAAAGGCAUGCUGGUUAAAAGAAUUACCUCUCAUAACAUGCUGCUCUUAUAUGCUGGGCUUGACACGUUUUUCUCUCCUUUUUAUCCUUUAAUCACAAAAAGAUAUACUGACGACAAGCAGCGGGGAAAACCAUAAGGGAGAUUUCCAAAAUGGUUUCCAGAGUUUUUAUUUUUUUAUUUGGGGAAAAAUCGGUGUAGGAAAUGUAUCAAGACUUGCUCCAUGUUUGUUCAAUAAAUUGCUAUAAGAUAA